AUGACUAGACCGAUCGGCGAUCAGCGAGACGUCGUUGAACAGAAGCACGACCGAUCGGCGGCCGUGCGGGACAAGAAGACUACAUGUAAAAAUGAGAAUCGGAUUGAAAAUGAUUCAAUUUAUGCAAAUUGAAUCCGAUCCGACUACACUCCAGCCACCAUGAUGAUCUACAUGAACUGGAACAGGGCAUGACAAAGUUCCUCCGGGCGUCGGCAGCGGGUGUGGCUUUCGUGGUGUAGAUCGAUCGGUUCCUGAAAAUAAAUUCAUUCAACGUACAAUAAGCCUGAUGAAAUCGUGAAUUUAUUUCUAAAUGAAUGGCAAAAUCAUGAACCUCCGAAUUCAGAUUCAAGUCAAGAAAUUUAUACUUUCGCUGAUAAAAUUCAGAGUAUUAAAAAUCAAUUAGCAUAUUAUGAUACUGCAAUUCCAAAAUGUUUAUCACAACUAGUAUUUCAGUCAGUUCCAGUAAACUUACGUGAAAUGAUUACUGUACGAUGUCAUUUCCAAAACAAAGACAAGUCUAACAUUGACGAUUUUGUAUCUGUUUUACAUGAGAUUGCUCACGGACUCAGAAGGCUACCGUCAAAUCAAAACGUCAAGUCUGAUUCUGAACAAAAGUUUGUUGAAUCUGAUAGUCAUAUCAAUUAUGAAGCUGUAGAUAACCGUAUCGCUUCAGCGGGAUUCAGAAAUCCUACGUUUCCAAGGUAAAAAACAUGCCUUCUUUGUAAUGAACACCAUAAUUCUAAAGCCGCUCGAAGAAACAAGCCGGUUCAAGAAUUCGAUGAACCACGUUUUCAAAAGAGAAGAGCUAAAGUUCAUAGUGGUAAGGUUAGAAGUCGUCUAACAUCAGCCCAGGGUCUCCAUUCUACGUUCAAUCUAUCUAACGCGUACGAUCUUCACCAGGACAAGUCUCUAGACAAGAGAAAACGUCAAUGGAAACGGCCAAGAUCUAGGCCAACUAAACUUUCUUUUCAGGUACCCGAUCGAUCUACGACACGAACUUCACGCCCGCUGCCGACGCCCGGAGGAACUUCGUCAUGCCCUGUUCCAGUUCAUGUAG